GCCGUCGCUCUCCUUGCUUACAUGUUCCAUCACAUUGUGGUGAAAGGGAAGAAAUGCACAAGCAAAGUCAAGCUGCAUGGGAAGACGGUGAUUGUAACUGGCAGCAACACUGGCAUAGGGAAGAUGACGGCCAUAGAUCUGGCUACAAGAGGAGCCAGAGUGAUUCUGGCCUGUCGCAGUAAGCAGAGAGGAGAGGCUGCUCUCCAGGAGAUCAAGCAGGAGAGUGGCAGUAACCAGGUGGUGUUCAUGCAGCUGGAUCUGGGGAGCCUGAAAUCUGUUCGUAGUUUUGCAGAGACCUUCCUGAAGUCUGAACCCAGACUGGACAUCCUGAUCAACAACGCAGGAGUCUACAUGGAGGGUCGAACUGAAGACGGAUUUGGACUCAUGUUUGGCGUCAACCAUCUUGGUCACUUCCUGUUAACGAACCUGUUGCUGGAUCGACUGAAGGCGUGUGGACCAAGCAGGGUAGUAAACGUGGCGUCCCUGGCACACAACUUUGGAAGCAUUGACUUCGACUGCCUGAACUCCCACAAAGAUCUGAGGACGUCCUCGACGCAAAGCUUCAUGGUUUACUCUGACAGUAAACUGUGCAACGUUCUGUUCACCCAUGAGCUGGCCAGGAGACUGCAGGGGACCGGGGUCACCUGCUACUCCCUGCACCCAGGAGCCAUCAGCACUGAGCUGACCAGGGACAUAAGCAUCAUUUCAAAAUUAAUACUGGCACCCAUAAAGAGCCUUCUCUUCAAGAACACCAUCCAAGGAUCGCAGACCACCCUGCACUGUGCUCUCCAGGAGGGCAUCGAACAUCUGAGUGGGCGUUACUUCUCCAACUGCACAGUGAGAGAACUCUACGCUAAAGCCAAGGAUGAUGCAGCAUCAAGGAAGCUGUGGGAGAUCAGUGAGAGGUUCUGUGGCCUCUGAUGGGAGUGUUGGUCAGGCCACCGUGAACAUGCACACGUCAUGGAAAGUCUUGACUCUAUCAUGUGAGCGGUGCUGACCACACUGAAGUACUAAAUACGAUCACAUUUAAACUGGGUUAUGUUGCAGACUGGUUUGUUCAACAUGUUUGUUUGACUUGACUCAGAAAUAAACUCAGAGAAGAAC